AGCCGUGUAGCGGUUGGAUUUCAUCAAAUCAACUUUCUGUCUUGAUAAAAUGCAAAAGCAAUAGAGACUGAGAAAAUUAAAUUUAUUUAGCUAGUCAAAUUUCAAGGUUUCCCAUUCUUGUUUCAUAAUGUUUUUGGCGAGAUGUAGGAUGUCACAUUGACAUCUGAACUCGUUAUUUAUAUUUGUUUUUUUACUUUCAGUCGGCUAGUGGUUUCCAUAUUCCGGAGAGAGACGGAGUUCAAAUGGUUUCCAUAUUCUUAAAUUAUGCAUUCUUCAAAUUCUAGGACUGCUGUUAUGAGUUAGGUUGCGAUUGGUGUCAUAACUUUCAUGGCUUUGGAAGGUUUGACAGCCUUAACAGCCAUUUUUUUCUCUAAUCAAGCUUUUUUACACCAAAAUCAGUACUUUCCUCAGGGGCUGCUGUUGUGAUUUUUGUUAUACUUGCUUCAUGUCUCGCAUUUUCCUCAAUUCCAUGUUUAAAGUUUGCUUCCUUGUUUGUAGGAACUGUUAGUUGCGAUUUGCUUCAUAUAUAAAUGAGAUAAUUAAAAGGAAAAGGCUGAGAAAUUGGCCUGAAAGCUACGUGUGUUCUAAGUUCGGUUUGCUAGUGCUUUUGAUCAACAGUGAUAAUUCUGCCCUAUGACAAGCUACGACGCCGUUUCCUCAAAUCUCUCCAUUCUACGCUUCGAUCCUUCUAACCCAUCGUUUCUCUUUAUCUGCUUUGUUUUCUGUUACGAGAAUUUAGGAGAGAGUAAAGAUUCUUCUUAACCAACCUCCGAAUGGAGUAACUACCAUUAAUUAGGACACCGCCCGACAAAGAGUUUUAUGCCAACGCAUCUCUUGCUGGCCUCACUUCCUUGGUCCUUCAUGCAACCUCAGCCAUGUCUCGUUGCUACUUCCUAGUAGUGAACUCUACUGCUAAAUCAUAGAAGAUGAAUGCCCAUUUAAUCUGAUUAUCUAAAUCUCUUUCUAUUAGCUUGAACAAUCCAAAGGCAGAUUGGUAUUUCGAGAUUUACUGGUGAAGGACUUGAGGGAUGACUUUGAUGUUUAUUUAAUGGAAUUCUUCUUAUUGAUGUUUUUUGGGUUAAAUUUUAAAUUAGGGUAAAUUGUUGGAAAUUGAUCUUUGUGCUUUUAAGGUAAAAUUUUCAUGUUAAUACCCAUUUUUUUUUUUUGAGUUUUAGCAGAUUUAAAAAAAAAUCCAAACCGGGUUAUAUACAUAUUACCGUUGCAGACUGUAGGUGCAGACCGAAUAUGAGAACAUUGUGUUAUCUCCACUUCCUUUAUUUUACUUCACUUGUUCAUUUAUACAGUACUCACUCAUUUGUUAUCCUCUUUUAAUGUCCAAGAUCCACCAUGUUGUAUGAAUCUUUUUUGUAGGGUUAUAUCAUAAAUGCAAUUAAAUCCAGUCAGAGUAAACUGUUUUGUAUUUUUCAGCCAAAAGAAUAAACGGUCAGUAACUUGUAAUAAAACAAAUGGUUCGGAAUAAAAAAGAUGUAUCAAUUUAUACGCCGUUGAUAAUCUUCAGAAAAAUCUUGUAAAUUCAUGAAAUUGAUAAACUCCAACGACUAUUUUUGGUUUCUAUUUACUUCGCUUAUAUAUAUAUAUAUAUAUAUAUAUAUAUAUAUAUAUAUAUAUAUAUAUAUAUAUAUAUAAUAAAUUCUGAUGAACAAAUGAAUUUUCUUUUAGUAUAUUGAUGAGGAUUUAUGCCUAUCCGGAUCCCAAGCAAGCCUAUUAAAUUAGCUACUAUUGGCUGUGUCACUCACUAUCUGCUCCGAAAUUGUCGACAUAUAAUGGAGCAAUGCGCGUGUAAGUGGCUAUAGUAAAAUGAGUAGCAUGCACGUGGUGUUUGUUCGACAUCGUACGCCAAAAUCGGGCCGUGGGGUCGAAUAUGUUCACCACAGUAAACUUGAAAAUGUUUUCCUGUUGAUAUUAACUGGAUCCUGUGCAUCUUUAUUUUCUGAUUUUUGUUUUCUUUCCCAACAUUAGUUGAAAAUUCACGACAAAACCACCUUAUUUCAGUGGCUUACCAAUGAGGGACACCGGUGAAACUGAAAACAUCUUAUUGAUUCAAAUAAAUUAAUAAUAUUUAAUAAUACAAAUGACUUGAGGAAAAUGACAAAAGGAGGAGGUGCAUGGUGCAAUUGCGUGUCUGAUUCUGUUCAGUCCGGAGCAUUGGCAAAUAAACAAUCACUUAGAACAUCACAAUUUAAUGCGAUAGUUUUAGUUGUAUGUAAGAUAUUGUAAAAAAAUUAUAUGAAGAAUAAGACACAAGCUUUUAUUUGAGCGUAUUGCAUUAUAAUCUUUUUUGUAAAGGUACUGGUCCAAUAUUACUCAAUUUGCUAAAGUGUUAAUGAUUCAUGUCAGUAAAUAGUUAGUCCCUUUGAUAAAAUGUAACGAGCCAUAUUAACAUCUAUUUAUGAUAUGAAUUUGAUGCAAGAUUUUUCAAAAAAAAUUGAUGUAAUAUUAUGAUUAAUUUAGAGCAUAGGACGUGCUCAGUUAAUCUCAGCAGAUGGACUGUACAAAUCUGCAACCAUUAUGAACCUGAGAUUAUUAUCCCAAUAUUUAUUGUAUUCCUCUGCCGACUGAACUUUAUGGUCAAAUAAGAAAACAUCUACUUUAAGUUUGAAGUCUCACCUAUUUUCUUUGUUUUUAUACGACUUUAUCCGCGUACCACCCACCAUGUGCUAAAAUGAAGUCUCUAUGCACAAUUAAUUCAGAAAAGUUUAUUUGUCUUGAUUUUAAAAUUUGUAGCAGAAGUUAUGAAAGGGAGUAUUAACUGUAUUAUGACGUGAUGAAUAAUAAUUAUUUAGUGGAAAUUCUAAGAAUCAAGAUUCUAACCGAUCCCUUGCAAAAUUAUUUAUUGCAGCGCCUUUGUUUUUCACAAGAAUUUAUGCAGCGACUUUCAUAUAUGCAAUAGAUGGUUGGAUAAUUAGUGUAAAUCAAAGCCUUGAAUGGUGACUAAGGAAAUGAGGAAAAACAUUAAAUCAUAUUCUUUUUUCAAAAAAGGCUAUGUUAAACAAUAAAAAUUCAGAAUCAGAGUAGUGAAACCAAACAUUCUAUCAGUGCAUACAUCAUUUAUAAAUAAUAUUUUUUCUUUUUCAUUCUUUCUUGUUUUAUUUUUGUGGAGAACAAAAUUAUUAUUCACCAAAUUUAGGAAAGAAAAGAACAAUAAUUCCCAUUCAUAUUCAUUUUUAUUAUUUUGUUAUUCUUUCUUUUUUGUUAUUCGUUUUCCCUUCUAUUAUUUUUUAAAAUUUUACCAGUUAGAUCCAAAGUGGAAACUUGAAAUUCGUGAAGUGAUCUCUAAUAGAAAACCGGCCUUCAUUAUUCUGAACAUAAUCACAUGCACAUGUUGAAAAAUAAAAUCACAUUCAUGUUAGAGAUCCGCCAAUUAGAGAUAGGGUUUUGAAUUGAAGAGAGAGCGAGAAGUGUGGAGAGAUUAGUGAAAGGAUAGGUGAAGUGUGUUUGAGAAAAGUGAUCGUGGUUAGAAGAGACAGAAGAGUCAAAUCACAUGCGGCCAGUUAGUUGUGACUACUUCAUAUGUUUAGUUUCACCCUUAAUAGUAUUCCCACUUUCUUUAUAGAGCCAUGGAAACGAAUCAAUGUAUAUUGUCAUUGUCAGUGGCAUUUAAGUGAAAUUUGGAAAAGAAAAAAAAGUGAAAAACAAAGAUCCAUAGAAGCCGGGAAAAAGAAAGUGGAGAGACCAUAAAGAGAACGAGCUUAGGUUUCUUCGAAGUGUCUCUUUCUUGCUCCUCACACGUGAGAUGAAACUAACCGUUUUCUACAUUGACUACAGUUUAAAUAAUAGAGAUCAGAAUAAUGGGUCAGUCAAUUAACCAUGUUGGUUUACAAUACAUUUUGACCAGCAAGCAAUCAUAGUAGGUACUAGUACGUAACAUUGAUGUUUCGUUAGAGACAACCAAAACGAUAGCAAAGUUGAGCUAAAAAGCGGUUUACGGAUGUUUAACAACUUUCCGUAUCUCUUUCACUUUCCGAAACAGGCAAACACAUCUUACUUUCAAUCUCUUUACGGUUUCACAUUUUUGGCCAGUUUUUAACGAUGUUUAAAUAUUUUGACGACGUUUUAUCAAUUUCUAAUGAAGAUUUUGUUAUACAUGUUUGCUAAACUUUUUUUUCUUCUGGAUAAUUGCUUUGCUUAUAACUUAAAACAAUAGAUAAUAUUAUGUACACAUUACAUUAAAUUAAAAAGCUAGAAUUUUUUAACACUUUAUUUAAUUAAUAAGCUAUCAAAUCAGUUCGUGAUGCAGAUUUGAUUAUAUAUAGGGGAUUAGGAAUCUGCAUCAGCUAUCAAAUCAGUUCGUGAUAGUCCAUAAACUUUUUAACAGUUGCCUAACUUAACAUUUUGUCAGCAAACACGGUCACAACAUAUACAUACACGCACAUAGGUUACAGCCGUACGUAAUAAUAUCACACAAAUAUCAAAUAGUAAGAAAUAGUAUUUAACAGUUGUCAUUUCUCUCCAUUACACCUCGGUUCCUGUCUUCUUCUUCUUCCAGAUAACCUCAUCACUAACCAACAACAACAUUGUGAUGUCGGAAGACCAUCGCCGUUGGAUGGAUCAGACUGCCUCAUGUGGCUAUUUCUCUUUAGACAUUAGCAACUAUCAGCAUAUUGGUCACUCCUAUGCAAGUAAUAGAGAAGAAGAGAUUAAAAACCCUAAUCAAAGUAAUUACGGUAAGCGCAGCAAGAAAGAUACAAGAGUCUGUGGAAGCUUUAGACACUCGUCAAAAGCUUCGGUGGUGAGAGGACAUUGGAGACCGGAUGAAGAUGCUAAGCUGAAGAAACUAGUCGCCCUCGACGGACCCCAAAACUGGAACCUCAUCGCCGAAAAGCUCCAAGGAAGAUCCGGGAAAAGUUGUAGGCUUAGAUGGUUUAACCAACUAGACCCCAGGAUAAACAGGAGAGCCUUUAGUGAGGAAGAAGAGGAGAGGCUAAUGCAAGCUCAUAAUCUUUAUGGUAACAAAUGGGCGAUGAUAGCAAGGUUUUUCCCGGGAAGGACUGAUAAUUCUGUGAAGAACCAUUGGCAUGUUAUAAUGGCUCGCAAGUUUAGAGGACAAUCUUCUGUUUACCGCAGGAGGAAGACGGUGAUUCCUCUUAAGCCACUCGUUAACCCUAAUCCUCAGUACUCUUGCAAUGAUUUUGAUCCUUCUAGGUCAGAUACGAUCCACCUUGUUAGUAAUGACAAGAACCACCUUAUGUUACCAAUUCCUUGCUUCCCAGGUUAUGCUCAUGGAAAUGAGAGCCCGUUGAUGUUGGGAAUGCUUGAAAACCAAAUGAUGGUGGACGACCACUCUGCACGGACACGAGAGGCUACUACAUUCGAUUUUUUAAACCAAACCGAGAAGUGUGAGAUGCUUGGUGAGGGCAUGAAUGAGCAGAAGAAACCACACUUUUUCGAUUUUCUUGGUUUGGGGACAGUGUGAUCAUCAUCAUGAACAAGAGAGAGAGAUUAGAUUAGUUAGCAAAAGUAUAAGAUGAUCCAAGUCUAUUCAAUGUAGUUUUGUCGCGCUAAUUAAUUGAUUAAUUUUGUCCUUAACUAGUCCCAUGCAACAUUCUUAAAGCCGUGUUAGUUACGCACGUACCACUCUUUGGUGAUUUAAUGCUUAUGCCAAAUUGUCUCACUUUCAAACGAAAAGAUGAUUUGAAUUAUAAACAUGUACCACUUUAUAGUUCUAACUAGCUCUAUAACUUAUACGAAAAUGUCGCAUUCCAUCAUUAAUGUGGAGUGGGAGUAACAACAUGUUUCGUAUAUGAAGGGGAAGGUGACAUGUUAAAGAAGGGACGAUGAUGUGGAACUAAGAAGCGACAAAAAGGAAAGUAACAGAGAGAUCUGAGAUAGAGAAGUCAAGUUAAAGAGAAUAAUGUACGUUUGUAUUUAUUUGGAGUAUGCAGAAAAUUAACAACCAUGCGAUAUUGAUGAGGUCACACAACUUGCAAGAUUCAGGCUCACAGCCUCAGCUUGUGCAACAAAAAGUCCAAACAUCUCUAUUCUUAAUUAUUCUCACACCAUUGCAUUUUUUUCGUUCCCUCCAAGCAAAUUUUUUUUCUCCUUUCAUUGAUUCUUAUGCUAGCUAACUUAUGCAUCUCAUCAACCCAAUGUCUCCUUCUCCAUCUACUCAUUAUUUUUGUACUAAUCAUUUAGUUUAUUUCCUGAUAUAUGUAUGUAUAUUUUUUUUUUUAAAAGCAAGAUACUAUAUAUAGCUGUAUACGUCAUUAUGCUUUUAAGAGCAACUCCAACAAGGAGUUUUCAUAGAAUUUCUACAGAUUAUAUGUAAAGAUAAAAAUUAAAAAAAAGAAAGAGAAACUGAGAAAUGGUCCUCAAUAAAGAGCUUCUAAGAAACUCAUCUCACACUCAAAUUCCAUAUGUCUACUUUAAAUUACUUUGAUUUACAAAAAUGUAAAAUUAAACCGAUCUCUUAUAUAUGUAAAAUACAAAAAUCUAGAAUCUGAAAAAAAAAUUGAACCGAAUCCAAAUAGAUAGCCAAACACCCAUACCAGAUUCCUACCAUUGCAAUGUACUUUUAAUUUAAUUUUAAAAUAAAAAGCCUUUAAAAUGUCAAUUACAUUAUCUUUAGUGUCAAAAUAAUUGUGAGAUUGUCAAUUUACAGAUUUCCAAAUAAAAUGUGUAAUUUUGUUUGUAUGUGUAUGCAGCAUUUAGAGAGUUCAUACAGCUUAUGAAGAGGUCAAAGCAGAGCUCUUGAUUAAUGGGAAGUCCGUACUUUGUUUUGUACCAUUAGCUGUUUUAACCAUAUCACACUUAAAAGUGGAGUGAAAUUACAUAGCAUACAAAAAUGAAUACUAGUAAGAGAUUUGCAAUAAUACUAGUGAAUAUGAAAAAGAAAGGAAAGGGACAUUGAAAAAGUGAGAAUAAUAUUAUCAUUUCAGAAAAUCAGACUUUAUGCUCUUUUUAGGCUUUUUCGGUGUUAGUAGUGGUUGGAUUAUUGUUUUGUUUUUUUAUUGUUCUUAAUACAAGAAUGAAAGUGAAAGAUGCUCUGCUUUGUUCUUUUUCUUUGGUUUCGUAUUCCAUUUUUCCUUAUCUCUUAUCUUAAUCUAAGUUGACCCAUUAAUUGCAAGCUAAUGAUCUAAAACCUUUGUGUUCUCUCAUGCAUUAGUAACCAGAGGGGUCGAGACGUUAGGUAUAUAAAUUAUUUGGUGGAAUCAUGGGCGAAAACGUAAUUGUAAGUUCGUCUGUUCUUCCCCAACGUGGCAGAUAGAUAAGGGAGAUAUUAAUCUAAAAGUUUAUAUAUAUGUUGCAACUUCAACACAACAAU